AGCACUUCCAUCCUCAUCCCAAGGACGCCCUGCUAUGACAGAGCAACCACACUUCUACUGCAAUGAGGGUUGCGAGAGCCUGGGCUUGUGCUUUCACAUUUCUCGUAGAGGACUAACUUCCUGUCAGAAAAUCCAGACAUACUCUGUCGCUGUCCCCGGCUUUGACUCCUGUCUCGUCACACAGGAAACUGGCCAUGGCUUGCAUCUCCAAGAUCCUCUUUGCUGGUGUUUGGGGUUUUCUUUUCUUAAGUCUGGAUGGAUGAACAGGGUGUCCAGUACCCCGGCAGACACUUCACUUGCGAUAAAGUGUAAAGGAGACAACCUGGUGUUGAACGAACCAGUUCCUGAAGCUACCGCCGAUGAUGUUUAUGUCUUCCGCAAUGAAGUUUCCAUAGCAAACACCAACACAAGGGCCACCGCAACCCUGCGGGAUCGUCUGCUCGUGGAUGCUGAUUCAAGAGUCACGCUGACCAACCUGUCGUCAAAUGACUUUGGAGUUUACCGUGUGGAAGUCAAACUGACCAAUGGGAAAUCCACAGAGAGCAGCAUUAGACUGUUCGUAGAAGAGCCACCGGAGAUUGUCAACGGAAGCCUACUCGUCCUUUCUGAUUCGUACAAUGCCUCUUUCAUUCGACUCCGAUGUGGCCCAUUCAUUUCUUUGGGCUCUCCUCCGGUUUCAGUUUCAUGGAAAGAUCCCAUGGGGCAACCGUUUCAAAGCACUGGUUUCUCAGGACAAUAUUUUAUUCUGGACAUACCCGCCAACGUUGCCAUAUCUGGCUCAUACUGCUGUGAACUGGACUGUCAUGCCCCCAACUUCUGCUGCAUUGAUGACCGGUCCCUGCUCCGACAGUGUGGGAAUGCCGAGCUACAGACCGCAGUCAAAAAAGUCAGGACGAACGUGGAAAGUGCAAAUCUCGCGGCUCGUCUCGCGGGACUCGAGAAGCGGGUCUCUGUGAUGGAAGCCCUGUGGCGAGACUUGGACAAAGCCGGGCAACAGGACCUGAGGCAGACUGGAGUAGCUGCUGUGUCUCAGUCUGUACAGUGCCGAGAGAAGUGCGACCAGCCUGACGCAUCCCUCGAGACCUCAACUUUCAAGUUCCAAGCCGACGUGCGAGAGCUCGGUAGGCUCCAGACUCAACUAGACACCAUGCAACAGACGAUGACAGAAGUUCGUUCGUGGGUUCAAGAUGGAGUAGCUAGACUGAAUGCAUCUAUUCAAGAUCAUCGCAAUAAGUCUGCCAAAGACAUCGAAGCUGUGAGCGCUGGGCUGGAGCGUUACCUCGCGAGGCUACAGAAUGUGGAGGGCUGGAUGACGAAGACGGAUAACAGGUAUUCUCACAUCAAGGACUGGCUGUCCAACUCCCAUGGCUGGAUUUCAAAGAUAUCCGGUCAGAUGAAGCUGAUUAUGCACAACAUGACCGCUCUGGGUGACAAUCUGACCAAUUUUCAGACUGCAACGGAACAGCGGCUGUCAGAAGUGACCGACGAUUUAAGAGAUGUCAAAGGCGCCUUGAAGGAUCUCGCCAACGACGCGAACAAGUCGUUCAACGCUCUUCAGUCGCGGGUUUCAGCUCUGACGACGAUGUACAGACAACGAACAUACGGCGGCUGUCCAGUAGAGAAAGGCUACCUCCUGUAUGGCCAGCGCUGUCUGAAGCUGUACACCAGGAGACAGAACUACCAGUCAGCGAGGACGUGCUGCCAGGCUGACGGGGCGCAUCUCUUCCAUUUGAAGUCACGUGACCACGACGUCCAGCCCUUGUUUUACCUCCUAGACACGCUCGGAAAGAGGCUAAGCCAGUAUACCAAGAACGGUUUGUGGGUGGGAGCAGACGACAUUGCGGCCGAGGGCAACUUCACCUGGACUGAUGGAACGGUCAUUCCUCGAAAGUCUAACCUCUGGUCUUACGGUCAACCAGACGAUUAUGGGAGAAACGAGGACUGUGUGCAGGUCCGUUACUCGCGCGACUUUGUCCUGACUGACGAGUCAUGUUCUCAGACGGUGGAGUUUGUUUGUCAGGUAGAUGUCAAGGCCUAACGAAGAAUCGUCUAAAUUCCAGGUGUGAACAUUUGUGAAAGGUUUGACCCGUAACAUCGGUAUGAAAGUACAGGGUCUGUGAAUUGAUUUGACAUUCUCGGGGUGGAUGACAUGUGGGUGACACUAGAGAAGACAUUUUUGACAUUUAUGUCGUUAGACACAAACAAUGAUUUUCUUCGUGUUAAUGUUAACCUGAUAUCAUUCUUACCCUAGUCAAUUAUAAAUAAUCCGUCACAUAUAGUAAAAAAAUCGCGAAGACUAUUAAAAACCAUUGUAAUGCUGGUAUUUAAA